UCAUUCCCGCGCUAAGUGCCCAGACCCUACAUUUUAAUGUGGGUCUGGCUCGUCAGGCUAGGCGGGUACCCCAUACGUACAAGAAAUUGCCCAACGUGGAACAACACUGGUGAUUAAACUCCUCACAUUAGGCUAUCAUUUAUCACGGUCGCAGUGACACAGGGUGUGGUCUCGAAGGUUCGCUACGCAAAAUGUUGAAAUGAUUCAUGGUGCUUUGCUGAUCACCGACAGCAUUUUUGAUUAUUGGCUGUGUGGGUCACUUUCUCGUACCGUGGAGUUGUCACGGCUGUGCUCCUAACUUGGAUCUACAGUAGACCUGUCACAUCGGGGAGAGUGGAUCAGCAUUCCAAGCAUGGGGCUGCUGCAGCUGCUGAAGUCCCAGUUCCUCUGUCACCUCCUCAUCUGCUAUGUGUUCCUGGUCAGCGGCCUGCUGGUCAACCUGCUGCAAUUCUUCACACUGCCCCUCUGGGCCUUCAACAGGCAGCUGGCCCGCAAGAUCAACUGCAGACUGGGCUACUGCAUCUCCAGCCAGAUGGUAGCAGUGCUGGACUGGUGGUCUGGUACUGAAUGUACGCUCUACACGGACCCAGAGAGCUACGCACUGUAUGGCAAAGAGAACGCCAUCGUCAUCCUCAACCACGGCUUUGAGAUUGACUUCUUGUGCGGUUGGACCUUCUGUGAGAGAUUUGGCGUCCUUGGGACAUCCAAGGUCAUGGCCAAGAAGGAACUUGCCUAUGUGCCUCUGAUUGGCUGGAUGUGGUACUUCCAGGAGAUAGUAUUUUGUAAGAGGAAGUGGGAGGAGGAGCGCAGAACGGUGAUUAAGAGUCUGCGGAACCUACGGGACUACCCAGAGAACUUCUGGUUCCUGCUUUUCUGUGAGGGCACACGCUUCACUGAGAAGAAGCACAAGAUAAGCAUGGAAGUGGCCGAGAGCAAAGGGCUGCCCAAGCUGAAGUACCACCUCCUGCCCCGCACCAAGGGCUUCUGCGUUAGCGUGCAGAACCUCCGAGGCACAGUUACUGCUGUGUACGAUUCUACACUUAAUUUCAGAAACAACGAAACACCUACAUUACGUGGAAUCCUAAGUGGGAAAAAGUACCACGCAGAUCUCUAUGUGAGGAGGAUUCCUCUGGACACGAUCCCUGAUGACGAGGCAGAAUGCGCUGCCUGGCUUCACAAACUUUAUCAAGAGAAGGACACGUUUCAGGAGAGGUAUGUGCAGAAGGGUAGUUUCCCUGGGCCGGUGGUCAAUCCGCCACGCCAGCCGUGGGCCCUGACCAACUGGCUGUUCUGGACUGUCCUGACCCUCUACCCCCUCGUCCUGCUGCUGCUUCAGCUGCUCCAGAGCGGCUCCACACUGACCAUCCUCAGCAGCCUGGCUGUCUGCGUCGCAGCUUCUGUGGCCGUGCGCUGGAUGAUUGGACAGACGGAGAUCAACAGGGGAUCAAGUUACGGGAACAAGGAAACAGCACUCAACAACAAUUAAUGAGGAAUUAUCACCAAGAGAAUCACCACAACUGCACACUAAUUAUAGUUAAGAGCUGGCACACAACAGCCAACUCAUGUCGUCUGGGGCGGUGUCCUUGUUUGACAGCUUUGCACAAAACAAACUUAUGUAUACUUUGCUGGAUAACAAGUUGGCAUUGACUUUGCUUGAUCAGGUAAACUUGCAAAGCAAAAAGAUUGCAGGGAAAACUACCUUGAGUUAGAUACUCACUUCCAAUGGAAAAUGGUGUAACCAAAGAGACCAAUAAAUGCCUUUUUUUUUUUUUACAAAAUUGUUCUUUUUAUUAAUAUUGUUUUGUACAAUGCAAACACCGUAAGAGCAGCGGAGCACCAGAAAUGUUGAUGAUGCUUGUAUGCGUAUGCGUCUGUAAUGGGGGAGGUUGGGUUAAAUACAGCAGCAGGAGAGAGAGAUCUUUUUCUUUCUUUCUUUCUUUCUUUCUCUCCCUCUCCUCUCAUUUGGUUUGGGCUCACUUCAGACACCGCUGUUUACGAAGACCUGACCAAGUAGGGCAUCGCUUGCAGCACAUAACAGUUGUCUUCUUUUAUAGGCUUAAAUACAAACUGCUUACAGUGGGCUCUGCAGGCAAGGCAAACAAAAGGGCAAUUUUUUUUUUUUUUUU